AUGACAGUCGCUAGAUCCCACCCAGACAUUGAAAUCGUCCAAUUUUCCAUCUCGAUCGAAGGUCAAGAACCUACAUUUGUUCCAGUCUUAGGGGCCGAAAAAAUUGAGUUCAAGAUUCCUGAAAAUUCGAAAUACGUCAUUUCCAUCCACUUCAAAGCUAAGAAAACCUUGAAGGACUUCAAAUACAAACAGGUCGUGAAGAGACACGGUAUCACCGUCAAGUCCAGAGAACUCGAAGUCGGUGACUACGAAGCAUCCGAAGAGCUUUACGUAAAGGAAUUCCCUGAAGAUACCACCCCUGGUGGGUUCAUUGUUAGAGGCGUGUACCCUGCUACAUCCACCUACUUUGCUAACGACGAAGAGUUGAUGACUACCGAAUGGUCGUUGGAAAUUACAAAAAAGAAGUAA